ACGGCAUGAGAUUAAGUUGGGAGCCAAAGAAGAGCAAAAGUGAAAGGGAAGGGAAGAAGACCAGGUUGCUGGAGGGUGGUUGUAGUAGGUUUGAACUGGGCAACCAUAGUUGGUUCAUCAAACAGCUCUACCGCCUCCCUUGUUCCGUUUUUGGUUUUAAAUUCAAGAGCGACUCCCAUGAGACAUCCCAAAACAAGAAAAAAAAUAUUCCCAGUAAGUCCCAACUGUUCGAUUGAGCAAACGCCAGAAAUGAAGACCACCCUUCUAAUUACCCUACUGUUACUCGUUCUCCUCCCAAUCCAUGGCUGCCAAUGCAAGAUUGUCCAGUUCAUAUUUGGCGACUCUCUUUCUGAUGUUGGUAACAACAUGAACCUCCCCAAGAGUCUGGCACAGGCCAGCUUGCCAUGGUACGGCAUCGACUUCGGGAAUGGCCUCCCCAACGGCAGAUUCACCAAUGGCAGAACCGUUGCUGACAUUAUCGGGGAUCACUCGGGGCUUCCGCGGCCGCCGGCGUUCUUGGAUUCGUCCUUGUCGGAGGAUGUAAUACUGAGCAACGGCGUGAAUUUCGCGUCUGGAGGCGGCGGCAUCUUGAACGAAACCGGUGGCCUCUUCAUACAGAGGAUUUCACUGAGCAGGCAGAUUGAGCUGUUCCAGGGGACCCAACAGCUCAUUGUAGACAAGAUAGGCAAAGAGGAAGCAGACAAGUUCUUCCAAGACGGUCGCUACGUUGUAGCCUUGGGAAGCAAUGACUUCAUCAACAACUACUUGAUGCCCGUUUACAGCGAUUCCUGGAAGUACAACGACCAAACCUUCAUCGACUACCUCAUGGAAACUCUGGGUGCCCAACUCAAGGUGCUGCACAGUUUGGGGGCGAGGCAGCUGAUGGUGUUCGGAUUAGGACCAAUGGGCUGCAUCCCACUCCAAAGGGUGCUAAGCUCAUCUGGAGGGUGCCAAGAUCGAACCAACAAGCUGGCUCUCAGCUUUAACAAAGCUACCGACCAGCUUGUCACCGGUUUGUCAGCCCAGCUCGCCAAUGCCAGCUUCAAGUUCGGGGAUGCUUAUGAUGUCGUCAAUGAUUUGAUCACCAAUCCCAAAAAACACGGCUUCAGCAACGCAGACUCGCCGUGUUGUUCCAUGGGGAGGAUAAGGCCCGCGAUAACGUGUACGCCGAUGUCAACGCUGUGCAAGGACAGGAGCAAGUACGUGUUCUGGGAUGAAUACCAUCCGUCGGAUAGAGCCAACCAGAUGAUUGCUGACGAGCUCAUCAAGAAGUUUGGUUUUCUCAUCUCUCCUUCCCCUGCUCCAGAUUCUGCUCCUUCCCCUGACUCAUCUUAAGCAUCCAAACCUUCACCUGUGCCUCAUUCUUUGUCACUAUCGCUCUCCCAGUUAAUGUAAACUUGUUUUGCACGGUGUUUCAGUAAAAGGCUUUUUUUUUUUUUUUUUCAAAUUCUCAAUCAAGAUGAUGGUUUAUU